CCUCUUGAAAUCUCCGGGGCCGAGAUUAGAUAGCCCCCCACGUUUGGAACUACUACAUUGAUGUUGCUGUCUAGAUAUUAAAGAGGCCAGCAUACAAGAUUGCGCAAGUCUAUUGUUACUAUGGUGUUAUGGGCAAGAUACACGUAGGUGUGUUCGCACAUGUUUCUGGCUCGUGUGUUCACCAAAGGGCCAUGUGUCCACGCAGCGGAGAUAUGGAGUAUCAACUAAACAAUACCCCAAAUAGGCGUCAGUUAUUAUUACUCAUCGCAGAGAGAGCCGAAGCCGAACCGCACCAAGCCGAGUCGUUUUAUCUCGGAGCGUUGAAGAUGCCGGAUCCGUCGCAAAAGGUCACACAGUCAGGCAGCUACAGUUGUAGUUGCAGUGCCCAAUGCUUACCUGUACGCUGACGACGAUUUACUGUACUCGUAUUACAGCAGUGGAGCGCACCUGGAAAGUUGAAGUUUUAGAAUGAUUGAGUACCUACUCCGUACUCAUACGAUACAGAGCUCUUCUCACUACUCAAGUUGAAACUUAUCCAU